AUGGUCGUUGAUAGCCACGCUGUCUUGCAGUCGCAAGCUCAUACCACGAGCACGGCUUCACCACUCAACCAUCAUGCGCUCUUUGACAACAGUGAAUCAAGUCAGAAUCUGCAAUCCCUUGCAAUGCCUCUGGACGAGGACACCAAGGAAAUCCGAGACAAAUACCGGCCAUUCAUUCUCGAUACCCCAUCCGCCAACGAUUGGGUAGAGAAUCUCGAGCUCGAUACGGCGCUGCAAAUGGCUCAGAACAAUCUCCGUCUCACGAAUCAAAGACUCAAAGUCCUCGUCCUCUAUGGCAGCUUGCGGUCCAGAUCAUACUCUCGCCUCGUUGCCCUGGAGGCGUCGCGGAUUCUCUUCCGACUGGGCUGUGACGUGCGAGUAUACGACCCGGAGGGUCUACCUAUGAAAAACGACAGAGACCACGGCCAUGCCAAGGUCCAAGAACUCCGGCAAUUGAGUCUUUGGAGUGACGGGCACCUGUGGGUGUCUCCCGAACAGCACGGUAACCUGACCGCCGUCUUCAAGAACCAAAUCGACUGGAUCCCCCUCACAACGGGCAGUGUCCGCCCAACCCAAGGCCGCACCCUGGCCAUCGCCCAAGUCUGCGGCGGAUCUCAGUCCUUCAACGCCGUGAAUUCCUUGCGCAUUCUCGGCCGGUGGAUGCGCAUGUUCACCAUCCCGAAUCAGUCGUCAAUUCCUCAGGCGUACACGCACUUCCCCGAUGAAGGCCAGCCAGAUGACCAGAGACUCAAACCAAGUGGGAAUCGAGACCGUCUGGCGGAUUGCAUGGAGGAAUUUGUCAAGUAUACGAUUCUGAUGCGGCCGCAUUUGGAGCUUUUCGGGGAUCGAUAUAGUGAGAGAAAUGAGCGGCGGGUCAAGGCGGAGAAAGAGAAGGCUAAGCUGGAGGCACAGGGGUGA